AUGGAAAUGGCCGAUGAACAAACUCCAGUCAAUGCUGAAGGUCCCGUCAAGAAAAAGAACCGCCAGAGGCUGCUUCAUCGCAUCCAACGCAUAUCGUCAUUUCCUUCACUUCCCCAGACUGGUCGUCCGAGAGCCCAUAGUAGCCCUUAUAGAACCCGAGACACGCUCUCCUGUGCCAGUCUUACCGGCUCUAUGGGCGCCGGAGUCCCUUACAGUAGCGACUCCUACUUUCCUCCGGGUGCUAUGGCCUCUGGCUACGCCAGUGCCUCCAGCUCCCUCUCUGCCAGCCCCGCAAGCGACAUGACCUUACUUGGAGGCGACGACUGCCUCAAUGUACGCAAGAUUGGCACCCCGACAUCUUUUCCUUCGAACUAUGCUGUUCAAACAGUCGGCCUCCCGCCCGAUAUCCGUACCGCCAUAAAGACGCAUAUAGCGAACCCGGCAAUCCCCAAAAGGGACUUCAAGUUUUGGGAUCAUAUGCCACAUGAAGUGCGGCUCUACGUAUUCUCGUUUUUCCUUCCCAUGGAGCUGGUUCGAGCGUCGAGGGUGAGCAAGAUGUUCUACAAUAUCUGCUUUGAUGGGCAGUUAUGGACGAACUUCGACGCGUCCGAGUUUUACAGGGAUAUUCCCGCCGAGAGUCUCGCGAAGAUUAUCAAAACUGCCGGCCCAUUCAUCAAGAGCCUCAAUUUACGAGGUUGCGUCCAGGUCGAACACUACAAACAAGCCGAAGUGGUGUUCAAGUCAUGCAAAAAUCUGGUCGAUGUUUCGCUCGAGGGCUGCCGCAACUUCCACCGGACCACCCUGCACGGCCUAGUCAAGGCUAACCAUAAGCUCACUACCCUCAACCUCACGGGUCUGGCGUCCGUCACCAACAUUUCCUGCAGGAUCAUUGCAAACUCCUGCCCCCAAUUACAGAUGCUGAACGUAUCCUGGUGCCCCCACCUGGAUUCUAGGGGAAUCAAGGCCGUGGUCAAAAGAUGUCCCAAUCUGGCAGACUUGAGAGCCAGGGAGGUCAGGGGCUUCGACAUGAUUGAUGUCGCUGCAGUACUAUUCAGGACGAAUAAUCUAGAACGACUCGUCUUGAACGGCUGCGCAGACUUGACCGACAGCGCUUUGAAAGUCAUGAUCCACGGGGAGAACCCUGAAUUCGACAUCUUGAGCGACAUUCCCAUUGUUCCACCCAGGAAAUGGCGUCAUGUGGACCUCAGUCGAUGCAAGCAUCUCACGGACCGGGGCGUACAAGCCUUGGGACAUCUGACACCAAACCUCGAAGGGCUUCAACUGUCGGGUUGCACGGCAUUGACUGACGCAGCCCUGACGCCCAUCGUCGCCUCAGCGCCGCGUCUCACCCACCUCGAGCUGGAAGACCUCACCCAGUUGACCAAUACAUUCCUGUCCGAGCAUCUAGCGAAGGCUCCUUGCGCGCCCUUUCUUGAACACUUGUCUCUGAGCUACUGCGAGAACCUCGGCGACACCGGCGUGCUUCCCCUGGUGAAGAACUGCGUCCAACUCAAGAGCAUCGAUCUCGACAACACGCGCAUCAGCGAUCUCGUCCUCGCCGAAGCCGCUUACAUGGUAAACAAGCGCUCCAAGCUUAACACGGACCCAAGCGCCCGGCCUCGUGUCGGUCUGCACAUGGUUGUCUACGACUGCCAUAAUGUCACCUGGACCGGCGUCCGUGAGGUUCUCUUCCGCAAUUCCUACGUCAAGUCGUCCAUGGUCGACGAUGGCACCAAAUACUCUUAUUACCCCGCGGAGGUGAUCAGCCUGAAAUGUUUCUACGGCUUUCAGAUGACCGUCGACGAGCACCUGAAACGCGUGCUCCGCGGGGAUUUUGCCGCGGCCGCUCGUCUGGAACGCCGGUGGGCCGACUGGAUGCAGGCCAACGAAGAGGCGGGAACCACGGGGGCAGGUCAUCGGCGCAGGCGGCGUCGGGCCAGGGAGGCGCAGAUGCUACAUGCCGACGAGGAAGAAGGCGGCGUAGUGCAUGUCGGUCGUCGGCGGGCGAGGACCAUUCCGUCGUGUACCCUCAUGUGA